CGAGCCUGAAACCAGCUGCCUAUUUCCCUUGUUGGCUCAAUCAGCUCAUAGAAUCAUUCAAGAUGGUACGAAUUAUCAUCAAGGGUGGUGUCUGGCGUAACACCGAGGAUGAAAUCCUCAAAGCCGCCAUCUCCAAGUACGGAAAGAACCAAUGGGCUCGUAUCUCAUCUCUGCUGGUUCGAAAGACCCCCAAGCAGUGCAAGGCCAGGUGGUUCGAAUGGCUCGACCCGUCCAUCAAAAAGGUCGAAUGGUCCAAGACGGAAGAUGAGAAGCUGCUACAUCUGGCAAAGUUGAUGCCGACACAAUGGAGAACAAUCGCUCCUAUUGUCGGUCGUACCGCAAACCAAUGUUUAGAGCGAUACCAAAAACUGUUGGACGAGGCCGAGGCCCGUGAAGCGUCAGAGCUGGGAUUAGCCGGACCCGAAGGUGGCGAGGGAGCUCCUGCUGCCGACGAUGUUCGACGUUUGAAGCCUGGUGAAGUCGAUGUGGACCAGGAAACCAAGGCUGCCAGGCCCGACCCCGUCGAUAUGGACGAAGACGAGAAGGAAAUGCUUUCGGAAGCUCGAGCUCGUCUGGCCAACACUCAGGGUAAAAAGGCCAAGCGAAAGGCUCGUGAAAGGCAGUUGGAGGAAGCGCGACGUCUGGCUGCUCUGCAAAAGAAGCGAGAGAUGAAGGCUGCCGGUAUCAUUCUUCGUCACAAGCCAAAGAAGAAUGCUGGUAUGGACUACAACGCCGAUAUCCCUUUCAACAAGCAACCCGCUCCCGGAUUCUACGAUGUUAAUGAAGAGAACGCCAAGAGGCUUGCUGCUCCCGUCGGUCAAUCUCUUCGACAGCUGGAAGGAAAGCGACGAAUAGAGCUAGAGGACCAGGAUGACAAAAGGAAGAAGCAGAAGAAGGACAAGGGUGGAGCUCAGCAGAACACGCAGUUCAUUGCCGCACGUGAGGCUCAGAUCCAAAAAUUGAAGGAGACCGAGCAGAUCAUCAAGAGGAGGCGGCUCAAUUUGCCUCAACCUCAGGUUGGGGAGGCUGAGUUGGAAGACAUCGUCAAGAUCGGAAGGAGUAGCCGAGCGGCCAGGGACAUGGUUGGUGGAGAAGGAGCCGCUGGCGAAUUGAUCGGAGACUAUGACGCGUUAAGCCGAGCCAAGACGGCAAAGACGCCUCGAACUGCUCCUCAAGAGGAUAACAUCAUGGCGGAGGCACUCAACUUGCGAAACAUGACGGCGGCUCAGACCCCUCUUCUCGGAGACGAGAACACUCCUCUGCACAGGCCAUCUGGUGAGGGUACUGGUUUCGACAGUGCUACGCCUCGCCAUCAGGUCACCGCUACGCCUAACCCACUUGCGACACCCAUGCGAGCUGGUCAAGAUUUCGGAGCAACGCCACGCACGACCAACGGGUCAACGUACGGUCAGACUCCACUCAGAACCCCGAUGCGAGACAACCUGAGCAUCAACGAAGACGGCGAAACUAACUACGGUGACACCCCUCGAGAAGUUCGUCUGCGUGAACAGCAAGCCAAACGGAUGCUGCUCGCCGGUUUCGCUAGCUUGCCCAAGCCCGAAAACAACUUCGAGUUCGAUGCCGAUGACCUCGGCCUUGAGGAGGUAGAGGAGGAGCAGCCCAUCUUGUCCGAAGAAGACGCUGCCGAGCGCGAUGCUCGUUUGGAAAAGCUUCGAAUUGAGGAAGAGCAACGGGUUCUUGCCAGACGAAGCGAGGUUGUCAAGCAGAACCUUCCCCGGCCUGUCGCUGUCAAUUUGCAAAGACUCAUUGAUCAGCUUUCCGAAGCCUCGCAGAGUCAGCCGGCCGAGACGCAAGAGGCUUGCCAGUUGAUCGAUUACGAGUUGGCUCAGUUGAUGCUGCACGACGCCAUCGCUCACCCCUUGCCCGGAUCGAGUGUGCCGGCCGGAACGGUAUCGCAAUACGAGAUCCCGGAAGACGCGGAACUCACCGCGGCCCGGGACGAGAUCCACAAAGAGCUCGCACAAGGUCUCGGCUUCCCCGGGGCUACCGACUCUCAGUUGCGACAGACCAUCAACACUAUGGCCAUUGAGGACCAGGGUUUCAUGACCAGCGGGUGGAGCGUAGAGCGAGAACAGCUCAUUUUCGAUCACGACUCAAACGCGUGGCUGGACAAGCGCGAGAUCUCGGAACCUCAACAGAACAGCAGCUAUGCUGCUAUCAUCGAUGAUCUCCACGAGCGCAUGCGAGCCGAGGCUGGCAAGGCUGCGAAGUCUGAGAAGAAGCUGGGCAAGCAACUCGGUGGAUAUCAAAUGCUCAAUGGCAAGCUCAACGACCGUAUCAUCUCUGCAACCACAGCUCUCAGAGAGCAGAAGCGGGAUUAUGACACAUUUUCCGCUCUGCGUGCUGCUGAAGAAGCCGCUGGACCUCGACGAAUCGAUGAGAAGCGCGAAGAGGUCGCCAAGCUUGAGAAGAGGGAGCAAGAUCUGCAAUCCCGAUACGCCGACCUUGCACAGCAGCGCAAGGAGAUCAUGGCAAACAUCGAGAGGCUCGAGGAAGACAAGGCCAUUGCAGAUGCGCAAGACGCCUUGGACGCUCAGCAAGAGGCCAUCGAGGCUGGUAUGGACGAUGUUGCCCAGAACGAUGCGGAGAUGGCGGACAUGUAGGCGAGAGCCCAUUGUAGCAAUAACAUACGGUGGCGUUAUUUUGUAACAAUCCAGUCGUCAACGCCAGCAUUUUAUCCAAU